UUAAAAAAAAAGUAAAUAUCCAAAAGCCAGAGUUUUAGUUUUCAAGGGUAUAAGAGCAUUCAUAAGAGAAUUUUAAGGGAGAUCCUGAAGAAUGAAACCCAAAUCCAAAUCCAAAUCUAUGUAAAUCCCACUUCCACAUUAAAGCCUUUUUCCAUUGUUUUACAGGAGAGGGGUGGCGGUGGAGGUGUUGCAUUCAUGGAAUCUUAGAGAAAAAGAUCAAUCUGAAAAGCACCCAACACCUAAAAAUUCCUUCUUUGUCAGUCUAUUGUGGAAGGGUAUUUUUCUAGAGAGAGAAAGUUUCUUUCUUUUAGAGAUAGAGAUGAAGGAGUUGUUUGGGAGUCCAGGGAGAGUCAGUGGGCUGGGACUGAGAGUUGGGCAGUUUGCUUUUGCAGCUGCUUCAAUUGGAGUCAUGGUCUCUGCUCGUGGAUUCUUCGACUCCACCGCUUUCUGCUAUUUGAUUGCUUCAAUGGGGCUUCAACUUCUUUGGAGUUUUGGGCUUGCAUGCCUUGAUCUGCAUGCUUUGAGAUCAAAGAGAAACCUGCAAAAUCCUGUCUUAGUGAGCCUAUUCGUUGUUGGUGACUGGGUUACGUCGAUUCUAUCACUUGCAGCUGCAUGUGCAUCAGCUGGAGUUACAGUUUUGUACGCAAAAGACUUGCAUUACUGCAAAGGACCACAAUUUUUGCCAUGCAGCAGGUUCCAAAUCUCCAUUGCUUUGGCAUUUAUCUCAUGGUUUCUCCUUGCCAUAUCUUCUCAUGUUAUGUUUUGGCUUUUGGCCAAUGUAUGAAUUAAUCAACACCAACCACGCAGACCAAUAUUCUUCAUUUUACCUUGUAAAUAUCGUUAUUUCUGGAACACAGCUGUUUUUCUUGGAAUUGUCAUAAUUAUCCAUUUUCAAUAGGCCAACCCAUACGUUAUAUGUACUUGUCCAUUUAAGAAUGUUUAGUGGGAGAAUGAUUGUUUCCUA